AUCCAUCAUAUUGUUUGGUAAUGUCUUCUGGUUCAGCUCGAGCUUGUCUGAGGAAGGGAGAGCGUUGAUGUUGUUCAAGAAUGGUCUGGACAAAGAAUCACAGAAGUUGUUUGCUUCGUGGAAUGAAUCUUCUCAGUUUCCCUGCAAUUGGACUGGAAUCACAUGUGAUAUGUUCCAAAAGGUGAGUGCUAUCGAUUUAUCUUCGUUAAAUCUGGAAGGCUCCCUGAAUUCCGCUGUUUCCUCUCUUCUUCGCCUGAAAAGAAUUGAUCUCAGUCACAACAUGUUAACUGGAAUCAUUCCACCUUCUUUCCUCAAUCUAAAAAGUCUUGAGGAACUUGUGCUUGAGGAUAAUUAUCUGUCUGGCACGAUUCCACCAGAAGUCGGACAAAUGCAGAGCCUUAGAAUUCUGAGCCUGGGAACUAAUAAUCUUCAAGGAGAAAUCCCGCCGGAGCUGGGAAAGCUUACCAAGUUGCAGUCUUUGUCGCUCUCUAGCAAUAAUUUGUCCGGCCCCAUACCGCCUGGAAUUGGCAAUUGUAGUAACCUCACUGAUCUGGAUUUGGAUUCGAAUUAUCUCGAUUUGAUUCCUUACGAAAUUGGCAACUUGCAGUCUCUGAAAGUUCUGCGGCUUUAUUUGAACUCCUUCAGUGGCGAAUUCCCUUUGUUUAUUGCUAAAUGCAGAAAUCUAGAGGUCUUAGACCUCAACCAGAAUUAUCUGGUGGGGCGUAUUCCUUUAGAGCUCACAGGGAUGAAGAAUCUGGCUUUCAUCAAUCUCUCACUGAAUUAUCUCAGUGGCGGCAUACCAGCACAAAUCGGGAAUCUUACAAAGCUACAGGUGCUUCGUCUAGGGGUAAAUAAUUUUACCGGACCAAUUCCAAUGGAGUUAGGUAGGUUACACAAGCUGCAAAUACUGGAGCUCUUUGAGAACCCAUUGAGAGGCAGAAUUCCAGCUAGUUUGGGGGAUUUAACGUUCUUGCAGAGACUGGAUCUUCACAACAACAGUUUGGAAGGAAAUAUACCAGAAGAGCUCGGACAGUGCUUGAAUUUAAUGUUCAUGGAUUUGUCGCUCAAUAAGCUGGAAGGUCCUAUACCGCUUAGCUUUGCUAGUUUGUCCAGCGUAAGUGAGCUUGGAAUGUCAGGAAAUCUUCUUACGGGAGCACUUGAUGGUAGAUUUCUGGGGAACUGGACGAAUUUGAUUUCGCUGCAGCUCCAAGAGAAUAACAUGGAUGGCAGAAUUCCUGCACAAGUAGGAAUGUUGAAGAAGCUCCAUUUUCUGUAUCUGUAUGAGAAUUCCUUUGCGGGAGCCAUUCCGGCGGAGAUUGGGAAUUGCUCGAGCUUGCAAGAACUCGAUUUGUCGAAUAAUUCUUUGACUGGCGCCGUUCCUGCCGAGCUCGGAAAUUUAAAUUUUCUUGUGACGCUCAGUCUGUUCGAGAAUAGUCUCAAUGGAAGAAUUCCUCCACAAGCUGGACUGUUGAAGAAUCUCGAGUCUCUGUCUCUGAACAGGAAUUCCUUUGAGGGAGUUAUUCCAGUGGAGAUUGGGAAUUGUUCGAGUUUGCGAAAUCUCAGUUUGUCGCAUAAUUCCUUGACUGGCGCUAUAAUGUAACAGAAGAUUGUCUUGACUGACAUUCCUUUGUUGUCAUUUUCUAUAGUUUGUGAUUUUCGAUUUUGGGCUUUUGUUGCGCUUCCUUCCGACUGAUGUCAGAUAGUGGGGUUGUGGUGUUAUGUGAGGGGUGUGGUAUUCUUCUUUAGGUACGUAUGAAGGGGCUGUGAAAAAGGAGAUAGAGCAGUUUCAGUGUGAUUUAUGUAAUCAGUUUUUGCAAAAUUUUGUUUGUUUGUUUGCUAUUAUUUGUAUGUUUUCUCAAUAGUAUGAGACUAUUAUAUAAGAUUAGUUAUUUUAGUUAUUUGUUAAAGCUGAUUUGCAGAUGCAAAUGCAUUUAUCUGCUUUGGUUUUUGGUACCAGAGCAAUUUGUGAUGGAGCAAAGGAUAGUUUGUGUGAAGUAGGGAAGAAGGUACAAGUUGAA